UGAUGAUGGAAAUAGAAAGAAAAAAAAAAGCAUAAAAUAAAAAUAAAUUAUUAAACAAAAAUAAAAAAUGAAAUAAACAACAUUAAGAACUUGGUAGACCAGCUGUGACUGUCGGCGAAAAACCAAGCACACCCAUAAGCCCCCCUUUUCUUCUUUCUCUCUCUAAACUCUUCAUUCAAUUCAACUGUGGCCCAAGAGAGAGAAAGUUUUUUAUUCUUAGUAUCGAAAACAAAGAUUAAAACUUUCAUUCUUUUUCGUUGUAAUUCUGUUGAAAAAUUAUCACGUGUAUAUGGUAUUAUUGCUGCUCAUUGUUGAAUGAAACAAUAUCAGAGUAAAGAAAACUUUCAUGGUGUAUUGUAGAAGCAAUGUAGAACAAGCUUAUUUCAAUUUUCAACACUUUGAUGUGGAAAGUGAGGAUUUUGAGAAGUGGGUAUUGGAGUAAGAUUGGUUUCUAAAAUUGGGUUUUGUUGGUUUUUUGUUUGGGGAAUUUGUGUGUUGUUGUGGAUUGAGAGCAAUGGAAUCUAGGAUGGAUCAAUAUGAGAUCAUGGAACAGAUCGGUCGUGGAGCUUUUGGAGCUGCUAUUCUUGUUAAUCACAAAGCUGAGAAGAAAAAAUAUGUGUUGAAAAAAAUCAGGCUAGCUAGACAGACUGAAAGAUGCAGAAGAUCUGCUCAUCAAGAGAUGGCUCUUAUUGCUCGAAUUCAGCACCCUUACAUUGUGGAAUUCAAGGAGGCUUGGGUUGAGAAGGGUUGCUAUGUUUGCAUUGUUACCGGAUACUGUGAAGGUGGAGACAUGGCUGAAUUGAUGAAAAAAACAAAUGGUGCUUACUUUCCUGAGGAGAAACUCUGCAAAUGGUUCACUCAAUUACUGUUGGCAGUAGAAUACCUUCAUUCAAAUUAUGUUUUACAUCGCGACCUAAAGUGUUCCAACAUAUUUCUCACCAAGGAUCAGAAUAUUCGCCUCGGAGACUUUGGGCUUGCUAAGACACUAAAAGCAGACGAUUUGGCUUCUUCGGUGGUAGGAACUCCCAAUUAUAUGUGUCCUGAACUCCUUGCAGAUAUUCCUUAUGGAUUCAAAUCUGAUAUUUGGUCAUUAGGCUGCUGUGUAUACGAGAUGGCUGCUCAUCGCCCUGCCUUUAAAGCUUUUGAUAUGGCUGGAUUGAUAAGCAAGAUAAAUCGUUCUUCUAUCGGUCCUUUACCUCCAUGUUAUUCACCUUCCUUGAAAAUACUAAUAAAAGGCAUGUUAAGAAAAAGUCCCGAGCAUCGACCAACCGCAUCUGAGGUGUUGAAACAUCCUUAUUUGCAACCUUAUGUGGAUCAAUAUCGUCCAUCGUUCACUCACCCAGUCGCCUUUCCACCCGAAAAAUCGAUUUCUGCUGUCAAUGAUACUAAAAAACAUAUGGCUGAAAGUCAGAACAGUAGUGCUUCAAGUAGUGACAAAGAUAGUUUAAUGUCUAAUGAGAGAAACAUUGCAACAACAGUGUCAAAGUAUGAUAGCAAAGCGACUGAGAUCGAUAUUGCUUCGAUUGAUGAUGAUGGCUCGGAGCAAGAGGUAAUAAAAUCGUCUCAUAUUGAAACAUGUUCUAAUGUUGAAUCUAAACAGCCAAAAACAAUUAGAAAUAUCAUGAUGGCAUUGAAAGAGGGAAGAGGUAGAGAAGCAACUUCUCCGAUGAGAGGCAAUCGCAUAAAAGCCAGUGGAGUAUCAACACAGAAAGUAAAUGCUGACGUAUCUUCUAAAUUGCCUAAACCUACUUUCAUUGCUCCUAGUUUGAAGCCUAAUUUAGAGUCGCCAAGUGUUCCACUUGUAAAGGCAACGCCUGAGUCUGCGAAACGAAUACAAGGAUCGCAGCAUUCAAAGCUCCAGUUGUUGAUGACAGAGCCGUCACCAAAAGUUAAACCAAAACAUGAUAUGACUCCACCAUCUGGUUUUAUCAAACAAGUAGACGCGGAUGGAGUUCCUCCCAGGCCAAGACAAAGAACUCCCCCCAGCUUACUUCGACGACCUUUUUCCGGACGAAUGAGGCUGGCAGGGCUUGAUGUUCCGAAUACAGCGAACGAUACAGGGAAACUAGGACCAAGUAAUACAGGCCAGGAGUCUGAGAUGAUCCAUUGUCGGUUGAUCAAUGGAAAUAUACCGUAUAUGUCUAGACAGACUACAAGAGAGCCUCAGAAGAGGUCCGAAAGAAGUUCUAAAGGAAUGCAAACAGACAGCAGUAAUUCGGCCUCGUCUUCGGUUUCUAUUCAAGGAUGUGAACUUGCUGAUGAUGCAACAACUUUUAUUGACAUGAGAGAACAUAUACUUCGUGAUCAUGAAAUUGUAACGAACAAUGUAGGCGUCGAAUCACGUCUGGACAGCAGCCCGUCUACAACAUGUUCACAUUGUAAGAUGGCCGAAGAAGUGUCUGAGGAAACCUGUGAAGUCACCAUGAAUUUUCAUAAUAACACUAUUAGUAGUAAUGACAAAGUGAGUUCCAAUUUAACUCUUGAUCAUCCUGUUGAAAAUUCUAAGGCAAUGUUUGGUUCAGAAGAUAGUCUUCACAGAAAUCAGAUAACUAUAUCUACUGCUGAUGCGGCUAAAGAAAUCGAAGAUCUUCGAGAUAUUUCCAUGGAAACGGCUUUAACCAAGUCUCUCGAAUAUCCAUCCUCAAUUUCUAGAGAAAAGUCUGUUUGUCAAGAAGUCAGUUCGGUAAAUGAUAGGCCUGAUGUAGUAAGCCAGAUAAAACUUGCUUCUACAUCCACCGAUGACGAUAAAUUUACGGUGAGGGAACGAUUAUCAUUGAGCGCUGAAACUUCUCCUCAAAUUACCGCUACUAAAAUAUCGAGCCAGAAAAUCUUGCAAGAGAAAGGAACUGCCAUGCAGAAUCAUGCAGCACCAGAAAGACAAGAUACCGGUCAUUUUCCCCCAGCCUUUGAUGAUGUGAUCCAUGUUAUACGCCAUAGUAGUUACCGAGUUGGAAGCGAUCAGCCGGUGAAAGAAUCGGUUGAAAUGGGAGUUCAGAACGUCGAUGUUGGCAAGUAUAUCAACGCUGUAAGGGAUGACAUAGAAACGAGAAACAUAAACUCUCCUAUGACUCUUAAAUCUUCAACUUGCUCAGAAGCUCCAAACUCGAUAUCCAAUAUUUCUGAUCAGUUAGAAAUGAGAAACACAAGUACAAGCACUCCUCCUACUCUCAAAUCCUCUAGUUUCUCCGAUACUGCAAGCUUAAAAUCGAGCAUUUCCGAUCAUCUUAAGGAACAAGAUGUUAACAACACUGUUUCUGUCCUUUCAGAAUCUGAUUCAUCUGAGCUUAAUAAAUGUAACAAAACUCCAACAACUGAAGACAAACCACCCGCUAAGGAAACACUUGAUGUGAAAUCGUUUAGGCAGAGAGCAGAAGCACUUGAAGAGCUAUUAGAAUUGUCUGCAGAAUUGUUGCAGCACAAUAGAUUGGAGGAACUUCAAGUUGUUCUAAAGCCUUUUGGAAAAGAUAAAGUCUCACCGAGGGAGACGGCUAUUUGGUUAGCGAAGAGUCUUAAGGGAAUGAUGUCAGAUGAAAAUGGAGGAAGAUGUUCAUCGUCAUCAUGAGGUAUCUUAAAUUCUUCUUACCUUAUGAGUUUGUUUUGUAUUUAAUGUUUAAAAAUUUGGUUUUAUAGUUCAUAUAGCUAUUCAAUCACCACUUGUGAAUUUUUAAGAGAAAAAUAUUUGAGAUUUGUUUCUGCUUCUUUCAUUUUUGUAAUGUAAUUCUUUCUGUACUUUUAUGAUGCUGUAAAUAGUGAUCAUACAAAUUAAUAACAUCGAUUUACUGUAAAUUGUAUGGA